AUGUUAAAGCGCCAUGAAUCUUGCUUACAAAAUUAUAAAAUCUUUUUAGAAGAUAUUCCUUAAGUGGUUGUAGUCCUUACAUUUAAUUUAAGAUUUUCAAAAACUAAAAAUUUAUUAGAUUGGUUAAACCUUAGAGUAAUUAAAUUAUUUAUUAUUUUAUUAAAUAAGUAGGUAUUAGUUAUUACAGUUUUGAGUAUGUAUAAAAUUAAUUCUCUUAACUCCGGUUGGUAAGACAUUUCAGAAGUUUACAAAAUUAAGAUAAGCCAAGAUAAUUAAGAUAUAUUUACCUACUUAUCAAUACCUAAAGUGAUAAGUAAAACUUUAUUCUUUAAUUAAUAGUAUAAAAUAAAAAAAGAUUUAUAAAAAGGGGGUUCCAGUAGCUAAAAAUCAAAAAAAAAAAGAAUAGAAAGAUAAAGAUGCUUAAAGUUCCAAAGUGCUUAAUAGAGUGAUAGGUAGUUAAAAUGCUCUAUCAGAUAAUAAAAGUGUCCGAUAAUCUUAAAAAAGUAUUUAAGCAUCUGA